AGAAUCAACUGGUCUAAUGAUUUCUUGUCUGCCCUAGGCUGGGCAGCUCCAGAUACCGACACCGCGGCCAACUAGCGCCAUCCCAUAUCCAUUAACCAGAUGUGAAAUUCUGUGACCCACGACGAUUUAGAUCCAAUGCUAAACAGUUCUUGAGACUGGAGACCUUUCCAAAUCUGCAGCAGUCCAAAUUCGGGUGGAUGCCAACCGCACGAUGUCCUGUUUGAUGCCUCAACUUCCUCAUCGCUUUUACGGUACAGCCUACAGGAUAACCACAGCUACAGUGCGUAUCGUAUUGGUUCCUUUGCGAGGCCGUGUGAUCCAAGGGUGGCUUGUGUGGGUUCGUCGGAUACAUUACCCAACCCUGUCGGUUCUACUGGUUUUUUUGUGUUCUGCCGUUGCGUUGACGAACGCCUCGUAUCAUACCAUCCCAUACUAUCUUGCCACCACCAUGACGAGUCGAGUCGAGACGAUGCUGUGGAUGGGGGAAAAAAAGGCACAGGCAGAAAAAGGACCUGCCUGGACUGUCUGUCGUUGCUUGACUUUCCAAGUGGUCGCAUGAAGAUCGCCCGUGCAGAUUGGUGUCCGCUGCAUCUGCCACGCGCCAGAUACCCUAGGUGCCGUUAAAUUCGGGGGCCAAAUGACUGAGAUUCAUUUCCAGUCAACUACGCACGUACGUCUGUGGCAGACUUGCAUGAAGAUUCGGAAAUAUCAAGGACGGAGAGAACUGGGCGAGUACAAACUACUUUGUCGAUCUGGUCGUGACAUAUCAUAUUCUCCUCCGAGUGCUUUGUUUCUCACUCACUUAUAGUGGGGAUUGUGAUAUCAACAGUUGGAUGGAUGAAUAGCCACAGAUUUAGAAAUACAAACUAAAUACAGCACCUCUUGACAUUAAGCUAGACCCCU